AUGGCCUGCUACAACCGCUGCAGUCCCUGCGGACCCACCCCGCUGGCCAACAGCUGCAACGAGCCCUGUGCCCUGCAAUGCCAGGAUUCCCGCGUCAUCAUCGACCCUUCCCCUGUGCUGGUCACCCUGCCAGGACCCAUCAUGACCUCCUUCCCCCAGAGCACCGCCGUCGGAUCCACCUCCUCUGCUGCUCUGGGCACUGAGCUCAAUGCCCAGGGACAGCCCAUCUCUGGCGGAUUUGGUGGCUUUGGCCUUGGCUACGGCCUGGGAGGCCUGGGCUGCUAUGGCAGAAGGGGCUAUGGCAACAUCUGCUAA